UACGCACGUUGUGACGUCACCAACCCGGAAGCGAGUAGUGUGUGCUGGUCAUGGUGGUAAUGUAAGUCUGACAGCUUGCCUUAGCUGCUUUGCUGGGAUUUUUUUUUAUAAUUACCGAAAGAGGACAUGUCCCGAAAAGCCAAAGAAGAAUAUUACCGCUUCUUUAGCGUGACUGAAACACGCACACACGAGAAAGGACACACGGAGUACAAAGUGACAGCAAGGUUUGUCUCCAAGCUUCGUCCGGAGGACGUGAAGGAGGUGGUUGUGUGGAAGAGAUACUCGGAGCUGAAGAAACUCCACGGCGAGCUAGCCUACACACACAGGAACCUGUUCAGAAGACAGGAGGAAUUUCCGCCGUUUCCACGAGCGCAAGUUUUUGGUAUGAAUGCACACGUCUUAUUCGUUAUGAGUGCUUAUAAUUGUGCUCUUUUUUCGUUUUCAGGACGAUUUGAUGAGGCUGUGAUCGAGGAGAGGAGGAGCGCUGCAGAAGCCAUGCUGGUGUUCACUACAAGCAUACCAGCGCUUUAUAACAGCCCCCAGCUGAAGGACUUCUUCAGGGGUGGUGAGGCCACGAGGCCUCUAGAUCCUUCUCUAGCAUCCUCUACCGGGCCCCUGCCUCCCCCUCUAAUUCCCCUCCCCAAGCGGGGGGCCUUAGACUGUGAGCCAGCAGAGGAGGAGGUGGGAAGGGAGGCGCCCACCUUGCCUCAAGACCUCGGCACCAACUUGAGCAUGGACGUUGGAAAGCCGGAGGUGGCGGCCGAGGCCUACAGCGAGGCGGGAAAUGAUGGAGACGUGUGCACAGACGCCGAGCUGGAUGAAAGAGAUGUGUCUCCGGCAAAGACGCACAUAUCACAAGAGUCUCAGGAGGAGAUCGAUUCGCUGUUUGACUCGGUGGCAGAUGAAUGUGCCUCUCCCCCGAAGGAAGAAGUUUUGCCUCCGUUGUCUGACAGCGACCUGGCUGUCUUUGACCCCUGCUAUAAACCAGACGGUUCUGAAUCCUCCGAUAACCAUUUGGAGUUGUUGUCGUUGCCUGCGAGCAGUCUGGAAAAGGAGGCCGUUUAUUUGAACCUGGCUUCUGCCAAGCUGACGUCCGCGAUGGCGAGCGAGGAGGAGGGAGACGUGAGCGCUGCCAUUUGCGGCUACAGAACAGCAGUGGACAUACUGAUCACUGGAGUGCAGGGUGAUCCAGAUCCAGCUCGGAAGGAGUCCGUGAAGAGAAGGAUAGCACAGUAUCUGGAACAUGCUGAGAUGCUGGUGGACAGACAGGCCGCGUCCUGCUGAGUAAAAUAAGACUCUCAGCAUUGAUCUUUCAAACACAUCAUCACACGUCUGUUUGGACCAAAACAUUCACUCGACACUGUAAACACUCCUGAGGUACAGCACACACGCUAGAGUCAACUAGUUUCAUUUAAAAGGAUAAAUAUAUUUUGUGUUGAACUUACUUCGUUUUAACUUCCUUGCAUUUUGCACUGUUUUCUUAAUAAAUACAAUAUUGAUUGAAGUCACAGACUGCAGUUAUUGACAAG